CGGCGUGGUGAGAGCGAGGAGCGACCCGGCGGCUCUCAUUCAUCCCGACCACAAAACACCCGAAAAUACAACCACAACCCCGACAAAAUAUCCGCCACGAUGCCCUGUCGGAAGGAGAACUACAUCUUUCUGGAGCAGUCCGUCACCGUCGACUCCAAAGAAGUGGACGCGCUGGUGUCGAGAAUCGGCGAGGCGCUGCAGCUCCACAACAAUAACGGCGGCCACCAGAAGACUGUAUCCGUCUCCAUGUCGUGCCUGCACGGGCUCACCGGCAGCGGCGGCGCAGGGGUCAAACCGGCGGCCAUCAUCAGCGGCAGCGCUGCGGCUCCAGCGCAGAAACGCAACGGCUGCUGCAUGCGGCUGCGGAACCGGGGACACCGGGGGGGCAGCAGGGCAAGCCCGUAUAACAUCCCCGGAUCUAACAGCGACCAGGACUGGGACCAAAUCAAACCGUGGAACAAAAAGCGGAUCAGCGUGGAGGAGGACGAUCCGCACCGGUUGCUGCAGGAGUUAAUUUUAUCGGGGAACCUGAUUAAAGAGGCCGUGAGGAGGCUGCAGUUCUCCGCCGCAGACUGUGGAGAUUUCCCCAAGGCGGCGGACAAUGUGCCGUGCUGAUAACGGACGGCUUUCCGCCGCAGCGUUUCCACCCUGGAUGGACACAAAACCCGAGACUGUACACACAGACUGUUUAGAAUCAGAUUUCACAGGACUGGUAGCUAUGUUUCUAUUUUCAUCCAUUUUCAUCGAUUUGACUGCAACGUUUGUUACGCUGCGUUGGCUAGCAGUUAGCCUAGCUCGCUCGCUAGCCAGCCGGCUAAUGAGCCGUGUUGUUUAUGUUUGAAUGUCUCCUUGUGGGUCAGACGUCCGGGGUGCAGUGGGGGUCUGAACCGAGCAGGACAGCAAACAUUUGACCUUUUUUGGGGGGCUGAUGUUGACCUCUGAUGGUGUGAGAUGUUUGUGUGUGACCGUGUGAAGGUGGAGUCCUGUGAUUCCUGAACAAUGGCUUUUCUUUCCGUGUUGAUGGAGGGUUGAGUCACAGCGAACUGCGUCCGGAAGCCUUUUCAUUUAUUUACCGCUGCAUCCCGGAAUGUGUUCAUGUGUUUCGGGGGGGGGGGGGUUGCUCGUGGCUCGCCAUUCCCUGCUGUAGCAGAUCAUUAUAGUGGGGGUUGGGUGGUCUGGAUGUCCAUUUUGUUUACAAUCUAAUGCUGGAAGUUAAAGCCGCUGUGCAGACCCCCCCCCCCCUGUUUGCCGUCUCUAAUGAGGCUGUUCAGCCGGUCGUCCUGUAACUGGCCUGGGGGCAGCUCCUUUCACUGGUUUCCUCAGCCUCACACACACGGACCAGUGAAACGAGCCUCCGCGGACUCUGGUCUUCCCACAGCCGCUAUCCGGGCUCGGCCCCCGGCUACAGGACGGCGCUGCGCCUCCUGACAAAACCUCCACGUUUUUCUCCUACAUGUUUUUUUUUUCAUGGGGAACAUGGACGCCAGACAUGUGGGGGAGAAGCGGGGGCACGGGGAGGAGCAGAAACUACGCCCUUCUCCGGCGGGCUGCGGGUGGUGUGUAACUGUGUUUGUGGUGUUUGGGGAAAGGUCGGCCGUCACGUGACAUGACGUCAGCGGUGCUCUCACCUUUUGAAUUCCGAGCAGGAGUUCAGUUUGUUUUCUAUUCGUUUCUUCUCUGUGUAAAGAAAAAUCAGCUCGACUGCUUCGUAACGAAGUAUCUGAUAAUGUUCCUGAGUUUUCAGGCCUUUUUGUUGUCUUAAUAAACUCAUUUUGUUUUUCCAAAC